AUGGCGUCGUCACCGAACACGAAGUCCACAAGCACGACAGAGACCGUGCGCGGCGACCACCGGUUCGACAUCGCAGGGUACAGCCGCAAGCAGGGCGUCGAGGCCGGCAACGUCCUCACCUCCGCCACCUUCGCCGUCGGCGGCUUCGACUGGGCGAUCCGCUACUACCCCGACGGCAAGGGCGACGAAGCGUUCGUGUCCGCCUUCAUCCGGCUAGUGACACCCACUACGCCCCUGGUGACACCGAGCGCCACCGCGCGGGCGCGGUUCGACCUCAGGCUGGUGGACCGCGCCACCGGGUUGCCGCGCUCGGUGCGCCGGAGCGUGGAGCCGGCGGCGUUCGACGCGGGCAGGGCCCGGAAGUGCGAGCGGGGCGCCCGCGCGUUCAUGGCGAGGGCCGAGCUUGCAGCGUCGCCGUACCUCCGCGACGACCGCCUCACCGUCGAGUGCGUCCUCGACGUCGUGCAGGGGACGCGGCUGUCGCGGACCACGGCGUCGCCGGAGACCGUCGAGCCGCCGCCGCAGCCCGACCUGCGGGGGCACCUCGGCGCGCUGCUGCGGACGCAGGUGGGGGCGGACGUCGCCUUCACCGUUCAGGCAGAAGCGUUCCGCGCGCACCGGGUCGUGCUCGCGGCGCGGUCGCCGGUGCUCAAGGCCGAGCUCUCCGGGUCGCCGCCGACGGUGGCCGUCGACGGCAUGACGCCUCUGGUGUUCAAGACCCUGCUCCACUUCAUCUACACCGACGCGCUGCCCGGCCUGGGCGAUCUUGGUAGGGAGGAGUACCGAGAACUGGUGCGGAAUCUUCUCGCGGCGGCGGAUCGGUACGCCAUGCACAGGCUGAAGCAGAUAUGCAGGGUCAUCCUGCAGGAAGAACUUGAUGCGAAGACCGUGGCAGCUGCGUUGGAUUCUGCUGGUCAUAGCCGCCAUUGCCAGGCUCUUGGAGAUGGUUGUGUUCAGUUCAUGCCGUCGUCUGGAUUGGAAGGAUGA